AUGAACGGGCCGCGUCCCUCAACUCGCGCGUUCUUAUGCGAUCUGCCAUGUCUUGCUGCGGAUUCGAAGAUCCGGUUUUUGGGCUGUGUCAAGCAAUAUAAUGUCACAGUUGGCCAUCUGAUCCUAGAGCACAAUUAUCCUCGAAGCAAGUCCGAGCCCAGUGCAGUUUCCGUGGAUAUCAAUGCUGUUCUGGAGAGUUUGAAGGCUGAGGAUUUGCGUGUUGGCACUUGGUUGAAUGUGCUGGGUUAUGUGCGAGAUGCUAAUACCCCGGAAUCUUCUAUCUCGUCGAGUCAAGCGGACUCGCAACAUUCGACCAGUCAAUCUCGCACGAGUGCCAUUCCUAUCAAAGUUGCAUCCCGUCCGGUCUUCAUUGAGGCCGUUAUGAUUUUUCCCGCUGGAGCAAUUGCAUUGGGCGAAUAUGAGCGCAUCCUUCGACAUGUUAAAGAUGUGGAAAGUCGGAUUAAUUUCUCGGAUUGA